AUGCCGGACGAUGCGUCCACGAUUACCCCACUCAACGCUGCAUCUCGAUCAGUGUUCCCAACAGGUCCCAGCUUCACUCUUGAAGACUUCUCCAGUCGCGACUUUAUUGUCAAGGAAUUUAUCGAGGCGCUUUCGGACUCCGCCAUUUCGAAUCGUCGUUCUACAAUCACUCCCACAACCGGAAACCAACCGUUUGACCCGAAGCCACUUAUCAGGACUCUUGAGCACGCACAGCGGCGACUCGGUGAAAUCUCCGGCGACCUAGAGAUCAGAGAAAAUGAACUGUCUGCAGCAGUUCGCAGGGCCGAGGCACAGCAUUCCCAGAACCUCAAUACACUGGGUAAAAAGCUAAAACAGACAAUCGAGUCUUUCCAGCAGCUCGACACCUCGCUUAAUGGUGCUGAGCUAUCAGGUGUAGAGCUUUCCGGGGCUACCGGGAAUAUGGCAGUCGAGACUGGAAAGAAGUUGGAGGAAUUAGACCGCCAAAGACGCCGGGCGCUUGAUGCCCGCUUUCUGCUCGAGUGUUGGGAUGGUGUGAGCAAUAGAGGCGAGCUAACGCUUCUAGAGAACCUGAGACGUUCUGGAACUGGUGAAGCUAAAGUACGGUCGGCACAGAUCGCGCGGCAACUGCUUCGAAUAAGCCAGAGACUCGAUACCGAGAGUUGGAACGAUUCGAGGAAUGGGACCAGGCGGAACACUCGUGAGAUCAUUGAAAAGUUUUCCGAAACUUUGGAGAAUGAUUUGUUAAAGCAAUUUGAUGACUUCUACCGCAAGGCAAAUUUUGAAGGCAUGAAGGACUGCGCAACUGUACUUCAGGAUUUCAACGGUGGUGCUAGCGUCAUUGCUUUGUUCGUCAACCAACAUCAGUUCUUCAUCGAUCGAAGUCAGCUAGUUACAGAAGAAGUAGGAGGUGAUCUAGAGACUUGGGAGAUGCUCGCAGACCCCGAUGCCGAACCUCUGAAAGUGGAACCUAGCCUUCAGUCUUUGAUCGACGAAGUCAAGGUCGUAGUGCAAGAGGAAUCAGCCAUUAUCCGGCGGGCGUUUCCGUACUAUGAGCAGGUCCUCGGGAAGUUCUUGCAACGCGUGUUUCAACAGUCUAUUCAACAGAGAUUAGAAAUGGUCUUGGAAAAAGCAAACAGCGUCUCAUCACUAGCAUUUUUACGAUCUUUACAGAGCUCUCGAAGUUACAUCAGUGCUCUUGUUGAUGAUCUGAAAAGCCAUGGGCUGACUGAACACCCGGAUCCAAUCUCUUCACAAACGGCUUUGGUCCUUGACCAGCAGCUGGAAGAUUUGUUCGUACCUUAUUUUGUUGGGUCGUCAUAUAUAGAGAGGGAGAGAAGGACACUGGAAGAACUCUAUACGUCCUUGCUGUUCAAGUUCACUACCUUCCAUGCGCGCAGGAAAAAGGCGGCAACGACUUUCAUGGCUUCCCUUUCCAAGUCCGGUACUGAAAUGCUAUCUUCGGCUCGUGACGCGUAUUUGGGUCGCCUGGAGUCUUCGGAAUUUCCUCCGACCCAAAGAAGAAUGCUACUCCAAGUGGCAGGGUUGAGAGAGUCUAGCGAUCUUACAAAGCCUACUGAUAUCAAACUGACUGAGGAAGACGGCAUCCCGAGCAUAUCUUCUGCAAAGAGGAUGCUUAAGUGGCUUGCCGAAGCAGUUGGAAGAGGCUUAGAGCUUAGCGUGAAUAGUGAAACCCCAAAGGAUAUGCUUGCACUGUUAACUCUCCUCCUUUCAGUAAUGGGAGAAGGGUUCAUUGAAGUGUCUCUAGAUGCAGCACUGGAAGCAGCAACAUCGCAAGAGUCCGGAAGAGCAGAGCCAGAUUUUGCAUAUCUACCAGCUAUUCGAAAUGCUAUUGGUAUUGCGAACUUGAUGGUUAUGUGCAUAAAUACUUUGCUCAUUCCUCUUGCGGCGGGUAGUAUCACUAUUCGACGGGAGAUGGAGAAGAAGACAAAUCUCAUCACUAUGCGCAUAGAAGAGAAAAUCAACGUACUCGAGCAGAAGGUCAUUGACAAUACACUAACAUGGACUGGAAAACUCUUGUCUGGCCAAAAGAAAAAUGAUUUCCGACCCAAGGAGGGUGAUAGUACGGCUUGGUUGGAAAAGCUACAAACACCUACCUGUGCUGCAAUCUGCACAUUCUUGACUCGUGUGCAUAACGUGGUGAAGACAUCCUUGCCGCCCAGUGGCUCCAAUAUUCGCCAGCUGCUGACCGAAGUCGCUAUUGGAACGCGUACUCUCCUGCUAGAUCACUUCAAGCGGUUCGUUGUCAAUGGGCCUGGUGGACUUAUGGUUACCAAGGAUAUGACGCAAUAUACGAAUCUCCUCAAGUCCUGGGACAUCGAGGAACAGGUCAAAGGAUCAAGCGGUACGCUGGACGUGCUGCUGGAAGUGGGUAACCUCUUUGUUAUCGGCUCUGAAGCUUUGCGCGAAAGAAUUCGUGGUGGUACUGGGAGUGGUACUGGUGGAAGCGCUGGGAAUAACACUGGAACUAGCCCUGGGCGAAGCCUCGGGGGUUCUGGCCAGACGGAAACAGGCCUUAGCGUACAGGAGGUCAGGGCCUAUGUUUCCCGCAGAGAAGAUUCCAAUACAGCUGCGUUGCAGAGUGUUCUUAAUAUUUUGUGA